AGAAAUCUGUCAGAGUCAUACACACUGCUCUAUGUGUGAGUGUGUGAUAGAGAGAUCCGGAGGAUGAGAAGAAAAGAGCUGAGGGACAGAUAAAACGAGAAAGAGGAGCACCACAGAGUGAGGCCGGUUCUGCCUUGCGCACCAGGACCCCGUUGGAUUUCAUGGACAUACUGACCCAUCCGGCGUCCCCGCAGAGAUCUGACAAUCGACUGAUGCCGGAGCGCCGCACGCAGCUGUAGAGAAGAAGGGGGUCGGGGUGAAAGGUUGCGGACUGCAGAGCUCAGAAGUGGGGGCUUUGGGAAGGAAGGUCAAAGGUCGAGCGGUCAAAGAUGAUGACUUCACACGGAAAGCUGAGGAAGGAGAAGGGGAGCCUGGCCGAGUACGAAUCACAGAUGAAGGACCUGCGGGCCCAGCUGACGGACCAGAUCAAGAUUCUGGACUCUCAGGUGGAGGUGAAACAGCAGCAGCUCUCGGACUUGUCUGAGUUUCUCCGGCGACGGGGCGACAUCGAGAUGGAGUACGCCCGGGCCCUCGAGAAACUGACGGAGAGGUUCACUCACAAGACUAAAAAGAAGGAGCAGUGGGGUCAGUCUGUGUGUCAGGUCUGGUCCGUUCUGCUGACUCAGACCCGUCUGGAGAGCCGAGAACACGCGGCGCUGGGAGACACCUGCUGCAACACGCUCACUCAAAGCCUAGUGCACUGCACAGAGGACACGCAUCGCUUGCACAAAAAGAGCAAAGAUGUUGGAGUCCAGAUGCAAGACGAGCUGCUGAAGGUCACGACGGAGCUGCAGACGGCUCUGAAGACGUAUAACCAGUACCACACAGACUGUCUGAUAGCUGAAGGGAAACUGAAAGAAGCCGAGCGGCUCGAGGAGAGACACACCGGCAAGUCAGCCGACCUUGUCCCGGGUCAACUGGGGGGUCAGAGACGAAGCUCUGUCAAAAAGAUGGAGCGACUGAUGGAGAAGAGGCACGGGAGGUUCCAGGAGACCCAGCUGAAGUGCACCAAGGCUCGUAACGACUACCUACUCAAUCUAGCAGCAUCGAAUGCAGCCAUGAACAAAUAUUACCUGCAGGACGUCAGCACUCUCAUUGAUUGUGGCGACCUCGGCUUCCAUCUGUCCCUGGAGCGAGUGAUGAAGUGUUACCUGGCCAGCAGGUGGCGAAUUCAGAAGACAGAGGAGACGGGCCUGAAGCAGCUGGAGACGGCCGUAACCUCCCUGGACCAGAGCGGAGACAGAGAUGCGUUGCUACAGCAGCAUGAUGCUGCUUUCUGCCUGCCGUUCAGAUUUAACUACCACCCGCACGAGGGAGACCAGGUGUGCGAGGUGAGUGCGGAGAGCCAGGUGAGGUAUGAGCUGGAGACCAGGUUCCAACAGCUUCAGUCUCGACUCGCUUCGGUUAUCUUGGAAACGGAGGAGAUCAGUAAAACACUUAAAGCCACGCUUGCAGCCUUGCUGGAGUCCAUGUGCGAUAGCGACUGUAACCCCUCCCCCGACGUAUCCAGCAGCCUAUCACAUGAGCCCGCUGGUGGAAGCUCCGCCCCUAAACUUGCACUUGCCAAGCGUCGAGCCAAUCAACAAGAGACGGAGAUCUACUAUUUUACAAAAGUGAAAGAGUUCCUCAUCAGCAGCUCUCUGGCCUCCAAACUUCAAGCCAAACAUGAUCUUCUACAAGAGGCCAUACAGAAAGCUGAGGCCAUCGACAGCGACCCUUCCAGAAUGCAAUGUGCUCGGUCAGUGCGCAUUCGGAAGUCCAGGCCCGUUUCCCAGUUCUGCCACACACUCUUCACCUCAGACAUACUCUCCUACAUACAGAGCUCUGGGCAGCAGAUUCCUGUGGUGGUUGAAAGCUGCGUUCGUUUCAUAAACCUCCAUGGCCUCCAUCAUGAAGGGAUUUUCAGAGUUCCUGGCUCGCAGAGGGAGGUUAACCUCAUCAGAGAUGCAUUUGAAAGAGGAGAGGAUCCUCUGUCGGACACCGAGUGUGACCUGGACUCUGUUGCUGGCGUGUUGAAGCUGUACUUCAGGGGGCUGGAGCCUCCUCUGUUCCCCUACGAAAGCUACAGUCCGCUGCUGGAGUGUGUCCAAAUUGAGGAGGAGAUGGAGAAAGCUGCCCAGAUUAAACUGAUCCUUUCCACCUUCCCGCGUUCUCUCCUCAUCGUGAUGCGCUACCUUUUUGCCUUCCUCAACCAUGUGUCUCAGUACAGCGAUGAAAACAUGAUGCAGCCCUACAACUUGGCUGUUUGUUUCGGCCCGAGCCUCCUGAGGGGGAUGGACUCUGAUGAUGCUGUUGCCAGGCAACCACAGGUUAAUGACCUCGUCAAAACCAUGAUCCUCCAGCAUGACGUCAUCUUCCCGGGCCACUCGGAGCUGCCGGGCCCAGUCUACGAGAAGCACAUGACUCUGGAGCAGGAGUACUGCGAACCCAUUACAGAGGAGGGAGACGGAGAGUCUGAGCAAAUGGCCAGUGAAGACGAGUGGGAGGCGGUGGCUAUGUUCAACUACACAGCCAGAUCUCCAGCAGAGCUUUCCUUCAAGCAGGGAGAUCCUCUCAUUCUUCACAGCAAAGCCUCCUGUGACUGGUGGAGAGGCGAGGUCGGAGGGGUCAAGGGUCUGAUCCCACACAAGUACAUCAGUGUGCUGGAAGGCGAACGAGGGAAAAAAGAUGAAAGUCAUUUCGGAGGAGGCAGCACGGGAAACCUGACGGUAGAAGAUCCGAACGCAAAGAACCCAACCAGGAUGCGGGUAAACAGUGAUAGUGCUUCGUUGCCAGGGAGACAGAGAGGAAGUGAGGGCAGCCCGAGCUGGAAGCCGCAAACUUCCCCAGCCACAAGACAACUACCAGUGUCUCAUGAACGAAGACACACUUUGGACACUGUAAGACAGGGCAGCUGCAAACUCACAGACAAAUCUCCAUUUGUUCAGCCAGAGAGAGCACCAGUUGACAAGGAGGCGAUCAGCCGUCAGAUGAACUCUGUGUUCAAGGAGCUCCUGUCCCGCCAGCCUCCGGUGCAGCCGUCCCCCCUCAUCGCCCCCAUCACCCCUGCUCCUUCAUCGUCCUCGUCUUCCUCUCUCACUCAAAAUGUCCCUUCUGUCAAAAAGGGAUUUGGUCUAAGAAAAACUGGUGCUUUUCAAUCUGGUGGACUGAGAUGA